AUGUCGGCAGGAGGCUCCUACACGGAGGACACAGAAGGAAGCCAGGAGUCAUCAGGGCAGGCUGAGCAGAGCUUCCCACAGAGGAGAGACAGCACACAAGAACUUGGAUCAAAGGUGCUGAGCCAUUUCACUCUGAGAGACUUUCCUUGCCCAACCCCGGGAGCACAGCCCCCAAGGGCAAACACAGGCGUUGCUCAGCUGCGCCAGGAGAGCAGAAAAACAGCCCUCUUCAGCCCCGUGGGCAGCACUUGGCUACGUGCUUGGAUCGCCGUGCCCCUGAACCCGGGUCCUACUCACCCCGACAAAGCAGGCUUCCCUCUCUGCUGCGCCUCCAGUACCGGUGGGGCUGAUGUCUUCUUCAAUGCCCCCGCUGGCUCAUGGUCAGGCCCAAGGGCAAGACGGCAUCCCACCAGGACGGACUGCAAAGGGGCAGCCAAAAGCACAAGAGCAGCUCAGGCCUCUGCCAGCCAGGCCCCUCCCAGGCCCUCCGGGGGUCUUUUAGCACCCAGAAGCGGAAGGAAGAAGCACAGAGAAGCCAAGAAGCUGCUCUGUGUUUCCCACCCAGGACCUGGAGGCAUCCGCAGGCUGUCUGCUGGGCUGCUGCGCCAGGCCACCUACACCACCACCCGCCUGGGCAUCUACACCAUCCUCUUUGAGAAGCUGACGGGGGAGGACGGGCGGCCCCACUUCUUUGUCAAGGCCCUGAUUGGGAUGACGGCGGGGGCUGUGGGGGCCUUCGUGGGCACGCCAGCCGAGGUGGCGCUCAUCCGGAUGACGGCUGAUGGCAGGCUUCCCCUGGACCAGAGGAGAGGGUAUGCCAACGUCUUCAACGCACUGCUGAGGAUCACCCGUGAGGAGGGGGUGCCCACGCUCUGGAGAGGCUGUGUGCCCACCAUGGCUCGGGCAGUGGUGGUUAAUGCCGCCCAGCUGGCUUCUUACUCCCAGUCCAAGCAGUUCUUACUGGAUUCUGGCUACUUCCGAGACAACAUCUUCUGCCACUUCUGCGCCAGCAUGAUCAGCGGCUUGGUGACGACAGCUGCCUCCAUGCCCGUGGACAUCGCCAAGACCAGGAUUCAGAACAUGCGGAUGAUCGACGGGAAGCCGGAGUAUCGGAAUGGACUGGACGUGCUGGUGAAGGUGGUUCGCUACGAGGGCUUCUUCAGCCUGUGGAAAGGCUUCACCCCCUACUACGCCCGCCUGGGCCCCCACACAGUCCUCACCUUCAUCUUCUUGGAACAGAUGAACAAGUUUUACCGGAAGUUCUUCCUCAGUGCCUGAGGGCAGGAUCCGGGGAGCGGCAUGCGGGGCAAGGAGCCCACCCACCGUGGCCGCGUGUCCCUCUGUGUCUGUCAUUGCAUCUAGCCAAUCAUGAAGAAAGAACUGGAGGGGGGGAAGAGGAGAUAAUUUAUUUUCUGGGGAAGGGGGGCCAGGUGCCCUCUCCAACUGGACCGCCUCCCUCUGUGGGGCCCCCAGGUUGGGGGCUGGCCCUCCCUUCCCCCCACUUGGCUUUUAACUUAGUAAAUCCAAUCAUGGUCUGAAUCCA